GGUGGCAAACUUGCCACCCAAUAAGCAACUGAAUAUCAGUUGGAAUAAGUACGGGCAGCCCAUUGGACAUAAGUACAAUGAAUUUACAAGGUGGCUGGGCAUUUUAUCUAGGAAUGGGCGCUUAGCGCCUCUUGAUCACGAUAGUUGGCAUCAUGUGCCACUAUCUCACAAGAAUGAGAUUUGAAAUGAAGUGAAGAUCAAGUGGAAUAUCGACGAGGAGCGUCGAAAUUGGGUAAUGAAGUCCAUCGGAGCUUCAUGGAAGGAGUGGAAGAAGAGGUUAAAAAAAGAACACUACAAGAAAUAUUUGACUAAUGAGGAACGACUAGCUCACUAUCCUGAUCGAGUGGAGACAACACACUGGAAGUGGCUCGUCACCUAUUGGUCAAGUGAUGAAGGACAGGCCCGCACUCAAAGGAAUAAAAUCAACCGCAACAAGCAUCGUAUGGCCCACACUGCCGGCUCAAGGAGCUUUGCUCAAGUGCGUGAAGAAGAGCGGGCAAAGAAUCUUGGUGGAGAGUCUCCUGAUCGGGCAACGUUGUUCAUAACAACCCAUCGGAAGAAAGAUAGGAGUGUUGUGAACGAAGAGUCGGCUCAUGUUAUUGAAAUGAUCGAGGAGUUACGGGCAACUCAGACUGCUGAGUCCUCUUAGAGUAGCACUGCCCGAGAUGAUCUCUUAUCCCAGAUAUUGGGACCAGAGCAUCCGGGCCGGGUCCGCAUGAUGGGGUUAGGUCCCACAGCUUCCACGUUAUGGGGCACAAGAAAUACCAUUGCAGAACUCAGGAGGGAGACUGAUGAGUUGCGACGACACAUGAAUGAGCGGGUAGAGCAACUAGUGGAGGAGCGGAUAAAAGAACAAAUGGCUAAGCAUCUAGAGCAAAUGGAGCAACGGAUGACAGAGCGAAUAAUGGAGCAGAUGGAGCAACGGAUGACAGAGCGAAUAACAGAGCAGAUAAUGGCACGAAUGAGAGAUACUAUGAACUCAUUGGCUGCAACAGACCAAACUUCGGGCAAUGUACUAAAUUUAAAGGCUGACUCAGUAUCCACUCCUAGGGAUAGACUUGAGGCUGAGGGACCUCAGUCGAAGGUUCCAAAGAAUCAAUAGGUAGUUUUUUGCUGAGAUUCAUUUAUGUGUUAUCUUUUACAUAUAUAUUUAUGUUUUAUUACAUUUCAUGAGUUUGUAGUUCACCAUCAUUGAAU